AUGGACAUGAUAAUGGAAUACAAGGAGAAAAUCUCUAUGAAACUGGAACGAUAUGAUACGAUUGUGGAGCUGGAAAAGCAGACGGGAGUGGACAAGUUCUAUAUCUUUUGUGUUGGCACGUUACUUGCUGGGAUCGUGUUGUUUGUAUUGGGUGGAGAAGAAUUGGUAGUAGGUCUGGUAGGGUUUAUUUACCCGGCUUAUAUGUCAUUCAAGGCCAUUAAUACGACUGGCACGGUUGAUGAUACGCAAUGGUUGACCUACUGGGUCGUCUAUGCGUUUUUUAACCUUACAGAGUCGAUUACAAACCUCCUUUUCUCGUGGAUUCCCUUUUACUUCUUUUUAAAGAUUGCAUUCCUUGUUUGGAGUUAUCAUCCAAGCACGAAGGGCUCGAAAGUGAUCUACAAUUCGCUCAUUAAACCAUACGUGGCUCCUCAUAUGGGUCAGAUUGAUUCGGCACUCAAACGUGGUGAGGAAGUGGCUAAGAACGUUGCUGCUAAGAUCCAGGACAAGGACGAGUAA